AUGACGCGAUUAAGAGCAAAUCAACGUUGCUACGAGGUUCGCAUCAACCAGACUGAAGGGCAGAAAACUGAGGCAGAGGCAACAAAGAAGAUUUAUAAGUCUUACUCAAUUUCAUUUUCGGACAACCCACCUAUCUUGAAGCUCCCGCUACCAUUCCCGCAGAGGUAUUUGAAGAAGGAGUUUGAUGAAAAAUUCGCAAAGUUUCUGGAGGUCUUCAAGAAAAUCCACAUCAACAUUUCCUUUGCAGAAACCUUGGCCCAAAUGCCUAACUAUGUCAAGUUCUUAAUGGAAGUAAUGUCAAAGAAGAGAAAGUUGGAGGAAUUUGAGACUGUUAAGCUGACAGAGGAGUGUAAUGCCAUACCUCAGAAGAAGCUCCCUCACAAAUUGAAAGAUCCGGGCAGCUUCAACAUCCGGUGCAAUAUUGGUGGUAUCACAUUUGAUAGGGCACUAUGUGACCUUGGAGCUAACAUAAACUUGAUGCCCUUAUCAAUGUUCAAAAAGUUGGGACUUGGAAAAGUGAACCCCACAACCUUUACCUUGCAACUGGCGGACAGAUCGAUCACAUAUCCCAAAGGCAUUAUUGAAGACGUGUUGGUGAAGGUUGAUAAGUUCAUCUUUCCGGUGGACUUUGUGGCAUUGGACAUGGAGGAGGGUGAGAAAGUACCAUUGAUUCUUGGCUGA